UAAUAUAUUUCUCACAAGUUCUUUUCUAUUUUUUGCCUUAUCUGGGCAUUGACGUCUUCAACCUUUUUCUCCUGACUGACAAGCGGUUUAAGAAAAUACGAACCGAAAUGCAAACUCAAUGCCGUGCCAGCUAAAAUCAUCAACAUUCGCCCUUUUUUAGAAUUCCACAUGACGUAACCGUUGGUAACCCUACUUCUUUAUCAACAUUGACACAAGUAUCUCCUGCGUUGAUUUUGCAAUUAACGUUGUAUUUGAACUACUGACAAAAAUUUUUGUAUUAAGUGUUAACAAUAAUAAAAAACGAUAAUUUAAAGUGAAUUAAUAUUUAUUUUUAAAUUAAUUAAAAGUUAUAAACAAUGUCUGUGGACAAAUUACAAAUAGGACCAAGGGAAGGGGUCAAUUAUCCUUUAACCAUCACGUAUUGCGGCAACUGUACCAUGCCGAUAGAGUAUUGCGAAUAUUACCCUGAAUAUGAGAAGUGCAAGCAGUGGCUGGAACGUAAUUUACCAUCGGAGUUUGAAAAGGUUAAAAUCGGUGACGAUAAUCCAGUUGAAGAGGAGAAGAAAAGGCAGAAACGAGGUGGCAAAGGGAUGAUCAAGACCAAAAAGAAGGAAGAUGGACCUAAACAAGUGUGUGUGUCAAGAGCACCCAGGGGGAAGAAGAAGUCUGUUACAGUUGUUACGGGACUGAGUAGUUUUGAUAUUGACUUAAAGGUAGCAGCCAAGUUUUUUGGCACAAAAUUUGCUUGUGGUUCUUCUGUGACUGGUGAUGAUGAAAUUGUUAUUCAAGGAGAUGUGAAAGAUGACUUGUUUGAUAUCAUUCCUGAAAAAUGGCCCGAGAUUGAUGAAGAUCUUAUUGAGGAUUUAGGAGAUCAAAAAAGAUAGAUUAAUCUGUAAUUUAUUCUAUGUAUUUAAUAACAAAGGAGCAAUUUUAUGAAUACUUGGUUUUUUGUAAAUAAAACAUGGAAAUAAGUCUUUUA